AUGGUGAAAGCUGGCCGAUCGAGUGUGUCACCUAACUUCAACUUUCUCGGCCAACUUAUUGACCUUGAACAUCAGAUAUUUGGCUGCCUGACUCCCUUUUCCACUAGCCAACGCCGGCGAUCUAUAUUUGGUGGCCUCACAUACUCGGCAAAUAGACUUGUCUGUUCCUCAGCUUCUAGUGAUGCUUCUCCUAUCUUCCCAAAUGAGCCAAUUUCUAUUUCAACCUCUGUUCCUAUAAAGGAGACUGGUCAUAAAAUUGAUGCACCCACUGUAACUAGCUCUGGGUUUAACAAAAUUCCUUUCAGCAUAGAGCAAAAAUCUUCCGUAUCUGAUCGACCAAUUCCAGUGUUAUCCUUGUCUGCUACAUCUUCUCCUGCCCCUCCACCAAGGAGCUACCUACCGGGAGCUGGACACGGCAAAACCAGCGGAUCUUUUGUUCGGCGUCCUUCAUGCCUUGGGCCUGUUUUUCGCUCCGGAUCUCCUCCAUCGCAAACUGCCAACUCUUUGGUCGGCGGUAAUAUUAACGUUGGUCUAGGUACUAAAAAGCGCGAACGUCCUACUUACCUAAAUUUAGAUACUGGACCCUGCUACUCGUAUGAUUCACCAUCUGGCCGUAUAUUUGCUGCUCUCUCUUCUGGCCUUGAGAAGCACUUACCAAUCUCUGCUCAAUCACCAAUGGCCGUACCAUUGAGUGACACUGUUGCCUCUAACUCAGGUUCUAUUAUAUUGCCAAGCCAUUCGGGGUCUUUAGAAUCUGCAUGCGAGACCAGUCUUAUAUCUACCGUCUGGCCUGAUAGUCCCAGCAUUGAGGGGAAACGGUGUCGAGUAUCGCUUCCAGCAGGUGUGGCUGUAACAAGCUCCACUAGCUUAUUGCCAUCACCAUGCACUCGAUUAUCACAACUUGACCUCUCCUCUCCUAGUGACGAGUGGCGUCGUCUUCUCUCCAUUCCUGCUUAUGCAGCUGGUCGUUCAUGCUUCUCCACACAGACAAGUCUCCCAGCCGAUGCUUCGUCUUCAAAACUUCUCCCUUUUGUUGGCCUAAGCAAUUCCGACUCAUGUAACCUUUUAUUGGCGACAACAAAGACAACCUCGUCGCCUAUAAGCACCAACGUUGAUCAUGUCACCGUUAGUUCAGCGGAGUCUCCUUCACACAGUGUUUGUGCCAACAUCUGCCCAGUCAACUUCUCCGCUUUCCCGGCUACUAGUCUGGACAAGCUUCACUUUGAGCCUUGCUCUUCAGCCACCUCUGGAGCAACUAGCAGUCCAUCUGGGGCCUUAGGCCCAAGGGGUCUGCCUUGGAACCAGACUUAUGCUCAUCGAUUGCCCUCCAGUCGAUCAGCUCGCUUACUCACAACCUCUUUGCGUGGCGCAAAGAUGCGAUGCUCUGUUACCACAGUUGACUCUUCUAUCAUCGCGCGUCCAUCUCAAAAUCAGACUUCAAAGGUGGCAUUAGCAUCAACAAAUACCUCACGAUAUUCCUCACUAUCCGAAAAUAUAGCAAAAGAUCUAGCGAUAGAUCCUCGGCCCCUCCGAUCCGAGAAAAAAUUAAUUUCCCAAUCCUCUUCCUCUUCUUCAUCUUCUACUUCCCUUUCCUCUGCUUUUCAAGCCCUGCCAUCCAUCCCGAUCUCUAGACCUAGCGUCAGGCCUACCUCCCUCUUUCUCUCAACUAAGCCGUCUCCUACUCCCCCUUCGACCCUUGACUUUGCUGCCAAUGUCGUCGUGAGUACGGCUAAUUCUUUUUUUGAUCUACCAAGUAAGGAUGCUAGCACCAAUGUUCAAGUAGAUUGGGUGCGCGAGAUGUCUCCCACGUCUCAGCUAGGUCACGGACCAGUCCUCGAGGAGGAACUCUUUCAGCAAUCGGCCCCUUCACCCUCUAUUUCUUCUUGUUGGCCUUCAAAGCCACCAAUCUUUCUGCCCUGUAAUUUGAAGUCUGAUUCCGGAUCUGGCUCUUUCUCUCCUUUAUUUCCUAUCUCCUUGGCUGAGGCUGCCUGCCGCCUAUCGCGAAGUCAAGAAGAUCUAACUGAUUAUCCGCUCUAUCCCAGUUCGAUGCACAACGUUGCUUGUCAGGUGGGGCUCGGGUCUGCCAUUGCAACAGGCACAAAUUCUUGUUCGGGCUCACUUAAACGUCGACCGUUGCAAGUGGCCGCCGAUGUAAUUGGUCAGCUUCAGCCUUCGACCAAUCUUACAUCACUCAGAGGCGCUGUGGACUUCUCUCUCUGCAAGCGGGCCUCUGGGCUCUUUACAGAAAGUUCAACGCGUACAGGAUCACAUUUCCAUGCUUCGCAAUCUUUACUUUCGGGACUUUGCUCCCCCGGAACCGAAUUGCCUCGCACUUCUCCCAAUAGUACUAGCAGCAGCAAUACUAAUCCCACUGGCAGCGGUAGCCAGAGUAACCCGAGUGCCAUCGGUUCACACCUAGACGAUUCUGGACUCUUCUGGCUUGGAGAAGCAUCCUGUAGGCGCCAGGAAUCUUGUCAUCAAUCAACUAGCAGUAGUUUAUCCUCCUCUAGUGCCAGUCACACCUCAACACAUGGCAGCUGCUUUGGCCUCUACACAGUAUCAUAA